AAGAGGAUCACAAGCGAAGAGAUGGUGAGUUCGGGCAGCGGUGCGACCAAAAAGUCGAAGACUGAAGAGCAGAGCGAAGACGUGGAGAUGAAAGCGGUGGAGAGCGGGGCCGCGGAGUCGUCUCCGCCAGCGGUGGUGGACGUGGAUGUGCUGACCAUCGAAGAGCUGAAAGAACAGGCGCGACAGAUAGAGAAGUCCGUGUCGUCUAAGGAGUCGCGAUUUGUGUUACGAGUGUUGCGAUCGUUGGCCACAACUCGCAAGAAGUUGAACGCAAAAGUGAUGCGAAAAAUCAUUAAUGGUUUUUACACGCAUUCAAUCAAUCAGAAGGAAUCGCUUCUUGUCUUCAUCGACGAGCCGAUGGACACCGACUCCGGCGGUCAGCCCUUUAAGCCGAAGGGCACCAAAACGUCUCAUUUGCCGCUUUUGCCCGAAUUAGACAUUUAUUUCCAUCUUUUGGUACUUUUAUAUCUCAUCGAUUUGGAGAGAAAUGAAAACGCUGUGAAAUGUUCGGAUCAAUUGAUGGCGAAGAUCAUGAAACAGAAUCGGCGAUCUCUGGAUGUGUUGGCCGCCAAAUGCUAUUUCUAUCACAUGAGAUGCUAUGAACUGACGGAACAAUUGAAUCGAGUGAAAGGCUUCUUUCACUCCCGGCUCCGGACGGCGACCCUUCGCAACGAUUUCGAUGGACAGGCAGUUCUUCUGAACUGUCUGUUGCGGACAUACCUUAACUACAAUCUCUACGAACAGGCGUCCAAAUUGGUGUCGAAGUCGGUGUUCCCGGAAUUGGCGCCGAAUAACGAGUUCUCGCGAUUCCUCUACUAUUUGGGACGCAUUAAAGCCAUUCAAUUGGAGUAUUCGGAGUCCCGGAAGAACCUCUUGCAGGCCAUCCGAAAGGCGCCGCAACACAAAGCGCUCGGAUUCAAGCAAAUCGUCCAGAAGUUGGCCAUCACUGUAGAGCUCCUGUUGGGUGACAUUCCGGACAGAGCGCUGUUUCGUGACCCAUCUCUGCGCCGAUGUCUGGCGCCGUACUUCCAGUUGACACAAGCCGUACGCACCGGUAAUCUGAAGCGAUUCAACGAAGUGUUGGAAAACUUUGGCCCACAGUUUCAAUCGGACCACACGUUUACACUAAUCAUACGUUUGCGACACAAUGUGAUCAAAACAGGCGUCCGAAUGAUUAAUCUGUCGUAUUCUCGGAUCCAUUUGAAAGACGUGGCGAACAAACUAAUGCUCGACAACUCGGAGGACGCGGAAUACAUCGCCGCCAAAGCCAUCAGAGAUGGAGUGAUUGAGGCGACACUCGAUCACGAGAAGAGUUUCGUUCAGUCCAGAGAGACAACAGAUGUCUACUGCACUUCCGAGCCGUUGACGGCCUUCCAUCAGCGCAUCACCUUUUGCCUCGACAUUCACAACCAGUCCGUCAAAGCCAUGCGAUUUCCCCCCAAAUCCUAUAACAAAGACUUGGAGUCCGCAGAGGAGAGACGUGAGAGAGAGCAACAGGACUUGGAAUACGCCAAAGAGAUGGCCGACGAGGACGACGACGGCUUUCCUUAAAUUACUGGCCAAUCGAUGACAACAAUUCACGCGUUUAUAACUUUAAUUAUCAAAUAUUUCUUUUUUAAAUGAAAGAAAAGUACAUUUUUUAUAAUUAACUAUUGAU